UCACCACUCCACUUUGCGGGUUUUCUUGGGUUGUCUCUUUCAGGAGAAGUAGCUCGGUCACAAGGUUUUUGUUCUCAUUCCGGUCGAACUGACAUGAGAAACAUGGCAGCUGUCCGAAGAAUGGAGAUUAUCGGGGUGACUAUUAUGUUGAUGAUUCUGAAGAGGGUUGAGCUGGCAGCUGGAGAGGCAUACGCUGUCAGUCGUACAACGUUUGGAGAUGCAACCGCAACCUUCUAUGGAGGAAAUGAUGCCGCUGGCACGGCAGGUGGGUCUUGUGGGUACGAAAACCCCUUCACCAGAGGAUAUGGUGUCACCACAGUAGCCCUUAGCAAUAGUUUACUCUCUAAUAAUCUGAACUGCGGAGCGUGCUUCGAGGUCAAAUGCAAAUACACCGCUUCGGCUUACACCAAGAAGUGGUGCUAUAACAACAAGUCGGUCGUCGUCACCGCCACUAACUUGAGCCCUCCUGGUCUUAACGGAGAGCAUCAUUUCGACUUGACUUACCCCAUGUUUACCAAGAUCUCCAACAUGAUUGCUGGUCGUAUCCCGAUCCAGUACCGAAGGGUGCCUUGCAAGAAGCAAGGAGGCAUAAAGUUCACGCUGAACGGGAACCCCUACUUCAAUCUGGUGCUGGUCUACAACGUGGGGGGUGCUGGAAAUGUUUACGCCAUGUCAAUGAAGGGCUCCAAGAGCGACUGGUACCCCAUGGCGAGGAACUGGGGCCAGAACUGGCAGGCGAUGGUGAGGCUGACGGGACAGAGCCUGUCCUUCCGCGUCACCCUGGGCAACGGCAAGACGCAGACUUUCUCCAACGUCGCGGCAGCCGACUGGAAAUUUGGUCAGACGUACCAAGCUUCCAGCAACUUCUAUUGAGUUGCAAACGGUGCCCACGAGCAGAAGCAGAAGUGGCGUGUCGAAUUCCAACCAUCUCGAUCGCCCGCUGCAACAAGCUCGAGUGUCUGCGAUAUGCAAAGGUGGCGUGUAUCCUUAUAGAUCAGUGUCUGCGCCCGUUGCAUGCGACCUCGAAGCAUGCAUUUGUUCCAUUAAUAUUACAGAGUCUUGACUUGAGAAUGUACAUUAGAACUAGAUGUCUCUAGAUGUAAAUUUGUGACCAAUACUGUUUCAGUAUUCCAAAACGACCACUGCAGCUGUCCGGAAGCUCCCCUAGGUUAUUGCUUAUCAGAUUUGUAGAGCCAAUGUACAAUUCAGUUCCUGUACACUGUCAUCGCACAGCAGAGGUGUCGGGUCCAUAGAGCUCUCCCGCUGUGCUUUGCGACAAAAUCAAGCUAUAGAUAUAGAGAGCGGCUCCAGCUGAGUAGGGUCAAGAGUCAACAUGCACCUAUCGCUACCUUACAUGGAGCACACGGUGUGUUUCGAGUGCAAAAGCCAUAAAUAGUUUAAGAGAUCAGUCCUAGUGGAUAGCCGGCGUCAUCACAGCUGCUGAGAAGUCGAAACAUCCUCCCGGUGUUUCGAGCAUUUCACAGCCAUAUGUUACAUAGUGCCGAUGACGAUGACCGUCUUUUGUACAGAGUGAGAUUGAUCAAGAUGUUCCAGCCGACAUCUCGUCGCUAGGACGAUAGAGUAAGUUUACUCGCAGAGGUGGCCGACGUCACCCGCAAAGAUCUAAACAUGUUUCGUAGUUUUUUGUCUUCUCUUCUUUUGUUCGAUUCUUGCAGAAGUGGCUGCGAGUCACUCGCGAGAAUCAGUUCGAAAGAAGGGGAUGUUGUCUGCACACUUCCACAUCUGUGAGGUGAGGUCAAGUGUCGCUACUGGCAUUCCCUUCCCUUAGCUCGACCAGAGCUAGCUCCUUUCGAGAUUCACCUUCGAAGGAGGAUUGUCUGCUUGCGCUCUCCGCAUUUCCGGAAGUCGCUUCGGGCAUUCCCUCUUCUUGGCUCCGCCAGAGCUUUGUUCCAUAGUUGGGGUUUUCAUGGGUCCCAUCAGUUCAUUCGAAUAAAAGGAUUCCGGAAUUUUUCCCUGAAGCU